GGAUUGAGUGAUUUGAGAGUAAACAGAGACGGAGGAGUCUGGGAGCAGAACGAUCCGAGUGCUGAGACAUCGGUGCAGUGAGAUACCUGCGAUCUACAGCCAGCGAUGGCCUCUGCUACAGAUGCAAGGUAUGGACACAAGGAUGCCUCUGACCAGAACUUUGAUUACAUGUUUAAAUUGCUGAUCAUCGGGAACAGCAGCGUUGGGAAGACGUCUUUCCUUUUCCGAUAUGCGGAUGACACCUUCACGUCGGCUUUCGUCAGCACUGUGGGAAUCGACUUCAAAGUUAAGACGGUUUAUCGGAAUGACAAGCGCGUGAAGCUGCAAAUUUGGGACACGGCUGGGCAGGAGAGGUACAGAACUAUCACCACUGCCUAUUACCGAGGGGCGAUGGGUUUCAUUCUUAUGUACGAUAUCACCAACGAGGAAUCCUAUAAUGCAGUCCAAGACUGGGCCACCCAAAUUAAGACAUACUCGUGGGACAACGCACAGGUCAUUCUGGUGGGAAACAAAUGUGACAUGGAAGAUGAUCGAGUGAUUGCCCCAGAGAAGGGAAGGCACCUGGCAGAUCAGCUUGGUUUUGAGUUUUUUGAGGCCAGUGCCAAGGAGAAUAUUCAGGUGAAGCAGGUGUUUGAGCGUCUGGUGGAUAUAAUAUGUGACAAGAUGUCCGAGAGCCUGGACGCUGAGAACGCCGCAGCAAGUGGCACCAAAAACAUGCGCUUCACGGAUACCAGCCCUCCUAUGCAGCAGAAAUGUUCCUGCUGAUUUUCCCAGUUGGGGGGCGUCUGCUACCAGUUACUAUCGAGCUACUUUAUCAUGUUCUUGGCUGACUUUUUCUUGUAUAUCUAUGUCUUUUUUUAAAAUGUCGUAAUCUGGCAAUAAUUGGCUGAUCAUUUAAUGGUUGUAGGUGAUUUAGAACUGUUAAUAUUCUGCAGUGUAUUUCGGCUGACCCAGGACAGCACCCCAGCUGCCCUCUCUUCUGAGCACCAGGAUAUGGCGUCCACCUCUUUGGGCUACAUGGUUCUGAUACCAGGCUAGGUGCAGACCACCACAGUGUAACGGGAUGGCUACAAGGCAGAUCUCUGAUCCCCACUGGGUGACCCAUUAAGAUCACCAAGUGGGGUGAUCAUCCAACUUUUUGCCGCAGAGGGGCUGCCGCCACUUGGAGCUGCCGUCCUAAUAACACCACUGCCAGUGCUCGCUGUUACAAACCUUUGUCCAGUUGUAAGGAUUGUAUUUUGUACACAAGUGAAGCUUGUCCAUUCAGAGCCUUAUCUGGUAAUAAAUGUUAAAGUGAGAUUACUGUGACCUUCCCUCCUGUGGGUUACAUUGUGUUACGUGUUUGUAAUACGGGAUUAGUCUUGUGAAUUUGAAUAUUAUAAUCAGGUCAUACACUGUGUCUUCAUAUUUUUCUAAAUGUCAUAGUAGGACUGUAAAUAUAUAAAUAUUGUUGCAUUAACAUUAAUAAAAGUGUUUGUUAGUUA